AGCUCCGCCCUCGAGCGAGGAGGUUGUGGCGUCAGCUGGUUCCAGGCGUUUCGAGCUCCAGACAGGAUGAUCGAGGUUGUUUGCAACGACCAUCUAGGGAAGAAGGUCCACAUUAAGUGCAACACUGAUGACACCAUCGGGGACCUUAAGAAGCUGAUCGCAGCCCAAACUGGCACCCUUUGGAACAAGAUCAUCCUGAAGAAGUGGUACACGAUUUUUAAGGACCAUGUGUCUCUGGGGGACUAUGAAAUCCAUGAUGGGAUGAACCUGGAGCUUUAUUACCAAUAGAGCAGAAUUCCUUCCCCUUGUCAAGUGCCCUGCCUUACCCUCCCCUCUCCC